GAUCAAACACGGUAAAAAAAUGGGAAAAAAAACACAACCACUAACAAAAUUGAGAAAAGCAAACAAAACACAACCACCACCACCAUUGUUCCACUUCUUCCAAAUUUCACUUCUCCCUCCUCCUAAACCCCAAAAACAGCAUAAUAUUAGCUGGAAGUAAAAAAAACACCAACAAAAUCAAACCCAAUAAACAACCUAAAAAAGUCUUAAAAAAACCAGCAUAUCCUCACCUUCUCCCCAAAGAUUCACCCUUUUCAUUUUUCAACCUUUCUCUCUCCUCCCAAAACACCACUUCUACACAUUACUUGAAGAAGAAGAGAGAGAAAACAAAGAAAAAGAGUGUAUGUAUGUCAGUGUGAGUAAGUAAGUGAAGAAAAAAAGUGGAAAAAUUCCACAAUGCACACAACUUUCUCUCUCCUCUCUUUCUUCUUCCUCCUCCUAUUCUCAUCAGACGGUUCUUCACUCUCCUUGAGUUCUCCUACAUUGAAUCUCAACCGUCGAAUCCUUCAUCAACCUUUCUUCCCUCUUGAUUCUUCUCCUGCACCUUCUGAUUCUCCUCCUACACAAACUCAAACUCCUUCAGACAAAAAACCAUUUUUCCCAUCUUACCCUUCACCACCACCACCACCUCCAUCUACACCUUCUGCUUCACCUUUCGCUUCUUUUCCUGCUAACAUUUCAUCUCUUAUUCUUCCUCAUUCUCAAUCUAAGCCUGUUUCUAAGAAACUUAUUGCUGUUACUGUUAUUCUUUCUUUUUCUGCUCUUGUUCUUGCUGUUGUUGCACUUUUCUUCUACUUUCGUCGUAGACGACAACACCAAGAACGUAGUGAUUGUGAUCGUGAUAAGACUACUUCGAGGUCGGAGACGACUACUGCUAGCUCGGUUCAACGAGGGUCGUUUAAUAGUACAGCUGCUCUUCCUCCUCGUCCACCUAAGUUGAGAAAUCCGACUACUAAUAGUUCGGAGUUUCUUUACUUAGGUACACUUGUUGACUCCACUGCUAUUACUGGGAGUAAUAAUGGUAAUGGCAAUGGAGUCGCAGCUGCGAGAGGAAGAGGAGCUGAUUUGGGUGGAGCUCGAGUCGGUCCGAGGAAGAUGGACUCCCCUGAGCUCCACCCGUUGCCGCCUCUUAGUGGGCGGCAGCAACAACAACCAUCACAGCAACAACAAUAUUACAAUGAUCACCGUCAACAACAAUAUCAUAAUAGUAGUUAUAAUAAUAAUAAUAGUCAUAUUCAGGGAAGGGGAGAAGAGGAUCAAGAAGAGUUUUACUCACCUAGAGGUUCAGUGAGUGGGAGAGAAAGUGGAUCGGAUUCAAGGAGAGUAUUUGCUUCGGUUGUACAAGCUCAAGGUCAAGCUGAGAAGCUUAAUAAUGGCGGAGGAAGAAAUUCUGAAGAUACAUCAUCGUCUUCUUCUUCUUCUUCAAAUAGUAAUUCUCCUGCAAGAUCAGCGUCGAUUAGUAUCUCACCUGCGGUGAGUGCGAGUCCGAAGAAUAGGUCGUCAAACCCUAAAUCAUCGCCGGAUUUUAUUGAAUUGCAAGUGCAACAACCUCCGGUGAUGUUAUCAUCGACGCAAUCGCCGGAGAUUCCAUUCUCGCCGCCAUUGCCGGAGAUGUCGUUUUCACCUCCGUAUUCAUCAUCGUCUUCGCCUGAGAGAGAUAUGAAAGCGAUUAAAGAAGAGGAAGCAGAGGAAUCGCCAUUGUUGUCUAACAAUUCGAGCUCUAGUCGAAUGAAUUCGCCUCCACAAUCUCCGAAAUUAUCGCCGUUGAAUGGAAAAAUAGGGAAGAUGUCGCCGGAGGAGAGAGAAUGGGGAGUUUUAGGUCGGAAACCAUGUUCUCCGGCACCAGCAUCGCCAUCGUUGUCAAAUGCUUCGAGUACUCGAAGUCGUAAAUCAUCACUUGCUUCACUGAAAUUACCUGCAUUUUUAGGAGGAGGAAGGAGAAAGGAAUCUCCAGAAUCUACAUCAGUGACGAAUUCUCCAAUUUCACCUCAUUCUCUUCAAUCUCCGAUUUCUCCAAUCUCAUCAACUACUUCUCCAUCACAGAGCUCGAGAUCGUAUUGCGCUUCGCCGUUGUCGAAUGCUUCGGCAGCUCUGAGAUCACAAAGUGCGUCUCCUCAGAACAAUUCUUGGCUAGCGAAGAUCACAAGGUCUGCUCCGCCGCCUCCACCGCCGCCGCCACCUCCACCUCAAUUGAGGAGGUCUCAGAGUCCACCACCGCCUCCUCCUCCGCCUAUGAAUAGACCGCCUGUAGCGGUAACAACGCCUCCUAAAGAGGUGGCGGUUGAGAAACAAGAGGUUGAUUCUCCAAUGGAAGGUUCUGGAAGUGAUGAAACCACACCUAAGCUGAAGUUGAAGCCAUUGCAUUGGGAUAAAGUGAGGGCGAGUUCGGAUAGGGAAAUGGUGUGGGAUCAGCUGAGAUCAAGCUCUUUCAAAUUGAAUGAGGAAAUGAUCGAGACAUUGUUUGUAGUAAAUACUCCUAAUCCAAAUCAGAAGGAAAUGGCUCGAAAGCCUGUUCAGCCAUCGCCGUUGCAAGAGGAUAGAGUACUCGAUCCAAAGAAGGCUCAGAAUAUUGCCAUAUUGUUAAGGGCACUCAAUGUGACCAUGGAGGAAGUUUGUGAAGCUCUAUUAGAAGGUAAUGCAGAGACUCUCGGGACCGAGCUUCUGGAGAGUUUACUGAAGAUGGCACCAUCUAAGGAAGAAGAGCGCAAACUGAAGGACUACAAAGAUGAUUCCCCUGUCAAGCUUGGGCAUGCUGAGAAGUUUUUGAAGGCCGUGAUUGAUAUACCAUUCGCAUUCAAAAGGGUGGAAGCAAUGCUUUAUAUGACCAAUUUUGACUCUGAGGUUGAGUACCUAAAGAAGUCUUUCGGGACUCUUGAGGCAGCAUGUGAUGAGCUGCGGAGCAAUAGAAUGUUCCUAAAGCUUUUAGAAGCAGUCCUAAAAACUGGGAACCGCAUGAAUGUUGGUACAAACCGCGGUGAUGCUCAUGCUUUCAAGCUUGACACAUUGCUCAAGCUAGUUGAUGUCAAAGGUGCCGAUGGCAAAACCACUCUUUUGCACUUCGUCGUGCAGGAAAUCAUAAGGACUGAAGGGCAACGCCAAAUCAUUGCCAACAAUGAAGCGUCAAAUGAUGAAGCCAAGUGCCGGAAGCUGGGAUUGCAAGUUGUUUCAAGUCUUGGCUCAGAGCUCACCAGUGUCAAAAAAGCUGCUGCCAUGGAUUCCGAUGUCCUCAGUAACGAUGUUGCAAAGCUUACUUUAGGUCUUGCAAACAUUGGGGAGACUGCAAGAUUAAUUGAGCAAACACAUUUGCACGAAAGCAGUAUGUUUUCUGAAUCACUCAGCAAGUUCAUGAAAGCGGCAGAAGAAGAAAUCUGUCAAGUUCAAGCCCAAGAAAGUUUAGCUCUUUCUCUAGUAAAGGAGAUAACAGAAUACUUCCAUGGUAACUCAGCUAAGGAAGAAGCUCAUCCAUUUAGAAUCUUUUUGGUAGUGAGGGACUUCCUCGCGAUCCUAGAUCGUGUUUGUAAGGAAGUUGGAAUGAUCAAUGAACGAACAGUAGUCAGCUCCGCGCAUAAAUUUCCCGUACCUGUGAACCCAAUGCUUCCAGUUCCAGUAAAUCCAUUCCUUCCCCAAGUUUUGCCCGGUUUUCCUGGUAGGAGGCAGUCUAGCUCAUCUGAUGAUGGUUCACCAAAGAGUUGGCGAGGUUAGCCUGGUAGAGGCUUUGUAAAAAGAAACUGGCCUGCAGGGGAUUUUUUUUUUUUUUUUUUAUUAACAUCUAAUUAUAUGUAAUUUCCAUAUUUUUGUAAUUAUUAUAUAUAAGUAUAAUUUUGAAAUU